GUGAACUUCCCGACUCUGAGCGAGAAUUCCAUCUAAAUAAAGAUGGUUACUGCCUGGUCGUCCAUGUGGCUCCGCGGACCUUAAAUAAAGAAGCAUCUUCUACGUGAAAUUAGCAGCUCUUUUAUUGCGUGAAACAACAGGAGGAGUUUGCGGUGAAGCCGCGAGCAGCUCUGAGAGGAAACAAAGAUGCAGCACGACGACGUGAUCUGGGAUAUCGUUGGGAACAAGCAGUUCUGCUCCUUCAAAGUCAAGACGAAGAGUCAGAACUUCUGCCGGAACGAGUACAACAUCACAGGCUUGUGUAACCGCUCGUCCUGCCCGCUGGCCAACAGUCAGUACGCCACCAUCAGGGAGGAGAAAGGUCAGUGUUUCCUCUACAUGAAGGUGAUCGAGAGAGCAGCGUUUCCUGCCAGGAUGUGGGAGAAGGUGAAGCUCAGUAAGAACUAUGAGAAAGCUCUGGAACAGAUCGAUGAGAACCUGAUCUACUGGCCUCGCUUCAUCCGACACAAAUGCAAACAGAGAUUCACCAAAAUCACCCAGUACCUGAUCCGCAUGCGCAAACUGGUCCUGAAGAGACGGAGGAAGCUGGUUCCCCUCAGCAGGAAGGUGGAGAGCCGGGAGAAGAGGAAAGAGGAGAAGGCUCUGAUCGCCGCUCAGCUGGACAACGCCAUCGAGAAGGAGCUGCUGGAGCGGCUGAAGCAGGGAACGUACGGAGACAUCUACAACUUCCCCAUCCACGCCUUCGACAAAGCUCUGGAGAAGCAGGAUGAGGAGAGCGAGGAGGAGUCUGAGUCAGAGGAGGAGGAGGAGGACGUCGGGCAGAAGGAGUUCGUCGCAGAAGAAGACGUGGAGGAGAGCGACCUGAGCGACUUCGAGGUGGGUCACCCAGAAACCUGUUCCAGUCCACAUGGUCCACAGUCCAGUCCACUGCUAAGUCGACUUUGGGUAAAAGAUUUCCGACUAGAAGCUGAACUGAAAAGUCUCGGCCACUCUCGGACUCAGUCUUAGGUGCCGGUCUCAGAGCAGGGAUACGACAGUUUUAGAUGACGUCGCUUCCAUGAAACUGGCCAAUCGCUGAAAGGAACCAUAUUUCUAAGAACAUGGAAAGACCUUGGAGAGACGUGUCGGUGAAUCUGUGAAUGGGCGGUGGGCGUGGCCUGUCCCUCUCUCCUACACUUCUGGUACGUUUGUGCCCUGUGAUGAGAAUAAAUCCUCCUGUUAACCACGUUCUAUAAAUGAAGACAUCUCCAGUUUAAAACCCGACGGUUUAUAACGGCAUGAGGGAUUUCCCUCAUCACCAACCAGGAGACACCCAGGACGUACAAUGUGCCUCUCCAACAGCCACCUCAGGCCACUUUCAUUCAGGAUCUGUGUGUGGUGCGUGGACCUCGGCUCUAAUAGUUGGUAGACAAUCUGAUUUCAUCAACAGGCCCAAAUGUUGCUGAAUAAAAAGCCUAAAAUGUUAGAAAACCGUCCUUUUAUCGGCCAUUGAAGAAAUUGUAGUUCGACUUACUUUUACUUAAAAUUUUUGCUGUAAAAAGGAAAUAUUUUCUUUAAAACCUUCAGCCUUCUGAUCUGUUUUGUGCCUCAGCUGAUGUUCAAAUACAUUGAAAAACAGCUGAAUUUAUUUAGUCUGCAAUAAAAAGAUUAACAUGGUCUGAAGGAAAGAACCAAAUA